UACAGGUACGGCUAGCGACGCUGACAAUUUAAAGCAACAGUUUCAUCCAUUUGAUGCAACUUCGGCGAGCACCUUCUCUGAGACUGGUCUAAGAGGUCCACGGACGAAAGGCGCCACGGCGGAACCUCACGCAGCGCUGAGUCAGACGGACCGGCCUGUCCUGGGCGGAGCGUUCGGUAGUCCCGCUGCCUAGGCUCCGCCCCGCUACCAUGGUAACGAGGAAGCGUCCUUUCCCGAGGGAGGCCGGCCAUCGGGCAGGGGGGUUCCGGGCAGCUCCAGCCUGGCCGUUCGGCCCUUUCCCAUCUUCUUCUCGAGUGGAUUCGUAUAAACUGAGGAUGCAUUUGAUCAAAGGAAAAAAUGCCAUAGAUCGUUACUUGGCUGUGCAUAUCAAAGGAUUGUCAAAACAAGAGGCGGCUGCUUACCGGAAUUCAUACAAGAAGAACAUCUGCCUAGACAUGCUGCAGCAGGGUUAUCACAAGUCUUUUGCUGAGCUCUUUACUCUGAUAGAGCAGUGGAAUGCCUUGAGGGAGGCUUCAGGGCCUGGGUCAGCCAUAUGGCUGGAAAAAUCCCUCGAGGAGCAGCCUGAUAAGCUGGAUCAGCUUCACUGUUUCCUGACCAGAGCUGAGGCAGCCCAGCAAUCAGAAAACUAUGAAGAGGUUUAUUCUAAUCAACUAAACUUAGCCUAUUGCUUCAACAAGCUUGAAGACAGAUGGUUAAGGAAUUAUUUCUAUGAACAAUGUUACAAAACUGCUCAACUAAUUAAAAUUGAUGGUGGGAAGAAAGAAGCUGAAGCACACUCUAAUAUGGGCCUUGUUUAUGAAGAACAAGGUCACUUCCUGAAAGCUGUAGAACAUUAUGAAGCAUUUUAUAACCUGACAGUGGGACGGACGUGGAAAGAUGAUACAGGCCGGAAUUUCAACUCACUAGCCUGUGAGCAUCUCUGGAGAAUUUACACAUUACUGGCAGACAAAAUGCUAGCAAAUAAAGAACAUCAAGAAGCCAUCAGAAUUCUAACAAAAGCUUUAAAAAUGGCAGAAGAAGAGAAUAUGAAGAUGGAAGGAGAAACUGCUUUCUGUUUAGGCAUAGCGUAUUUUUCAGCUGGAGAAUUACAGAAAGCUACAUUAAAGUUAAAUACUUAUCUGAAUAUAUCCAAACAACUGGAAGAUUAUGUUGGAUUAGGGAGAGCAUAUCAAACAGUAGCUCGGGUCCUUUUAAGUCAGGGAAAAAAAGGUGAAGCUAUUAGAUACUUGGAAAUGUUCAUGGAUAUUGCCAAGAAAGUUCAGCUGAGCCAAAGUCUUGUGGAUGCAUGUAUAUUCCUUGGAAACAUUUACAAUGAAAGUGGGAAUUACAACAAGGCCUGUGAAUAUUUCAGUCAGGCUUUUGAAGCAGCAAAUGCUCUCUCCGAUUUGGCCCUCAUGAAUGAAAUAAAGGUAUAUUGUGGCAUUGGAACAGCCCAUAGCUUGAUGUUGAAAGCUAACACUAAUAUAGAAGCUGCAGAUCCCAUCAAUCUCAAGUGCCUGCUGGACUGGAAAGAAAAUAGAAGUGACAUGUUCAAUGACCCUUUUACUGUGGAUGCCCAACAAGAAGAAAACACUGAAGAUAUGGUUAGCUACAUUCCAACUUCUGAAGAAACUAUCUGACCUAUUGAAGAGUUUCUAAAACUGAUGAAUGAAUACAAGGAGAUGCUUGUUCAAACAAACCUUGAAAUGUUAAAAUUGGACCAAAUAAACAGGUUAAUCAAAUGGAUAUUUUAAUAUGUUUAGUUUUUGUAUCCAUAAUCAUCAACAUUAAACAAUAAAUGUUCCAAAAAUUUAUUUAUAAACAUACUUGAAUUUCUAUCCAUGUGCUAAUUAACUGCUCUAAUUCCUAUUAAAAUAAACUAAUAUGUUAAAAUUCAGUGUCUGAUACGACUAAUAUUUAUAUUUUUGUUUCAUGCUUUUUAUUUCAUUUAUUCGAACUAUAAUUGAUUGAUAUUAUUAACAAAAUGAAAUAGCAUUUCUUAUAUAUAUUUCAGUUAAACAGUCUGUAAUUUUUGAAUGCAUUUUUGUGAGCUUGGGGACCUUUAUACAACGAUUAACACAGUGGGUUAAGGCACUAUGGCUUAAGGAAUAAGGCAAUCAUAUCAUAACAUAUCAAUACAUUUUGGUCGAGGAAUCAAAGAUAUCCUAUAAACUAAUUUUAGGUUAAUUUAAGACAAGGCAUCUGUCCUGUGGGAUAGGAUGUCUCCGAAGUUCUGUGUGGCUAUCAUUUGAUAGCAUUCUGAAAGGCCUUAAAGACUUGGCUGU